AUGACAUACUCCUCAUAUCCAGCAUAUACAGAGGAUAUAUCCGUCGCUGGCUCGUUGUUGAGAGAUAAAAUAUCAGGUUUAUAUGAGUCGAUAGUAAAAAAGGAAAGACGAUUUUCGGAUGGCGAGCUAGCGUCUUCGCUACAACUUCUUAUUAAGGUGGAUAAAGUGCAGUUGGUGGAUCGCUUGGGUGUCGAACCGAAUAUUGUUGGGACGAUACAUGUAACCACUUCCCAUAUUAUAUUUCGCUCAGAAGAUGGAACGAAGGAACGUUGGGUAGCAAAUGGCUUGAUUGGUAGUGUCGAGCGUGGUCCUCUUUCAAUUUCUGGUUGUCCUCUCAUCAUUCGAUGCAAACAUUUUCUGGUCAUUAAUCUUCUUAUACCUCGUGAUAAAAUCUGUCAAGAUCUCUAUGAAACGCUGUUGAAAUGCUCAAAAACGGUUAAUGUAAACGAAUUGCUGGCAUUUGAAAGCCGCGAUCUUCCGGAAGAUGCUCGUGGAUGGUCUCGGUUGGACUGGUCUGUAGAAUUCACUCGGCAAGGUAUUGAUAGUGCAUGGGUCGAAAGUGAUCUCAAUAAGGGCUAUGGUUGUUGUGAUACAUAUCCCGAACGUCUUUGGGUACCUGUAGCUGCCAACAAAAGCAUCCUCUUGGGUUCAUGCCGUUUUCGUUCAAGAGGUCGAUUACCUGUUCUCACAUAUUUCUAUAGACCAAAUGGAGCUACGAUUUGCAGUCAAUCUGACGGUCAUCCUUUUGCCCAAAUGAAUGCGAUGGUUAACAAAGUGCAAGGCAAAGGCUAUGAAGACGAAAGAAACUACUUAAAUACGAGAUUUCAUUUCUUCGAUAUUGAAAACAUACACGUGAUGAGAAAUAGUCAAAUAAAACUUCUAGAAGCUUGUACCAAAUGUCGAACCUUGACUGACUACUAUAAAACGUUGGAAUCCUCGGGAUGGCUGAAGCAUAUACGAGUAAUUAUUGAGUGUGGAGUAUUCUUGGCAGACUCCUUAGCUAAAGGGAUCUCUUGUGUUGUACAUUGUUCGGAUGGAUGGGAUCGUACAUCUCAAACCGUAUCAAUAGCGCAGUUGCUUCUCGAUCCAUUCUACCGUACUAUUCAUGGCUUCCAGGUCUUAAUAGAAAAGGACUGGUUAGGGUUUGGUCAUAAAUUCGAUGACAGGUGUGCACACAUCGGUGCGCUCAAUGAUGAAGCAGCAAAAGAGGUAUCACCGGUCUUCACACAGUUUUUGGAUUGUGUCCAUCAAAUAGCUGAACAACGGCCCAAAGCGUUUCAGUUCAAUGACCGUUUUCUCAUCGAAAUCCAUGAGCACGCAUACUCUUGUCAGUUUGGAACAUUCAUAGGGAACUGUGAAAAAGAUCGGAAGGUCAGUAUCAGCAUAUUACAUUGUAUAUAG